AAAAAAAAACAAGAAACCCCAUUAGAGCUUUGUAUCUCUUGCUCCAACUCUGUUGCCGCUGACUGGCUCAAACGAAGAUAGAACCUUCUCCCAUAAGAUACCAAAUGGCAUCUCAAGUUAACCACAAAGAAGAGACAUUUGAUUCACAUUUUCCAUGGAUUCAUCGAGAUAAUUUCCCCCCAGCAACAAUAUUUGGAUCCGAAUCAAAACCUUGUGCUGCUGUUCCUAUUCGUUCUGUUGCCCCGACAAGUGAACAAAAUGUGGAUGUCAAGUUCAAGGCCAAAUCACAGAAGAUGAAGAAAAACAAGAAAACAUCUAUGAAGGGAAUUCGUGAAACUGUAUCGGAACUUUUGAAAGAGGAACGGUGUGUAAAGAAGUCUUCUGCCUCUAAAAAAACUAAAGGAGAAGCUAGAUGUGGAGAGGCCACUGUAACAAAGAAUCCAAAUCCAGUUUACGGCCGAGCUAAUGCUGAUUUUUCUGGCCUGCCACUGCCACCCCCGUUUUGUUCCUGUACAGGUGUUUCUAGACGGUGCUACAAAUGUGGAGGUGGGUGGCAAUCAUCAUGCUGUACCACCUCCUUAUCUGUGUAUCCCCUCCCAUUCAAUCCCUCAAAGCCUGGAAAUCGUAAGGCUGGGAGAAAAAUGUCUAAUGGAGCAUAUAAUAAGCUUCUGUGUACACUUGCAACUGAAGGUCAUGAUCUUUCUAAUCCAGUUGACCUGAAGGACCAUUGGGCAAAACAUGGUAGUAACAAGUUUAUUACUCUCAAGUGAACACGAGGAAAAUUGACUCAACGUGUAUUAUGUAUAUAUUAUUUUGCUCUCCAACUGUUGCUUCCUCCGGUAAGCAUUAAAGAAACCUUGAGUAGGUGGUUGUUAAUAUGUUGAACUUAGUACUCAUAAAUUCUGGUAA